AUGACUUUAGCUGCCGACGAGGGCAAUGAUGGGCCGUGGAGUAGCUUCGACAUCCGCGUGGGCAGCCCUGAACAGGAUGUGCGCGUCCUCGUCUCUACAGCAGCCCCAGAGACGCUGGUAGUUCUGGCGGAGCACGGGUGCUCGAAAGCGGUCUUUGAAGAUGUGCCAGCGGACUGUGCCGUUUCGAGAGGAGACAUGUUCAGCCCGGACGACUCGUCAACGUGGGAUCCGCUGGGGAUCUUCCAGAUCAACGGUGAUGGAGUUGGGCUGGAGGCCAACCUCGGAUACGUACAGAGGGCACAGUUUGGGCUGGACAAUGUGAGCAUCGGCCUGGUUGAUGGUGGAGGGAGCCUCGGCCUCAGUAACCAGACGAUUGGGGGCAUUGCCACGGCAUCGCCAUUCUACCUUGGAAUAUUCGGCAUCAACAACCAACCUCUCAACUUCAGCACGCUAGGAAACUUCUCCUCGCCUUCGUUCAUCACGACACUCAAGGAUCAGGGUGCCAUUCCAAGUUUGAGCUGGAGCUAUACCGCUGGAGCGAUUUAUCGCGCAAAGAAGGUCUACGGGCAGCUCAUCUUCUCCGGAUAUGAUACCUCUCGGUUCAAGGCGAACGACGUCUCCUUCACCAUUGCAGACGACGUGACCCGCGACCUUGUCGUCGCCCUCCAGGCUAUCACCUACAGCGGCGAGGACAAGCGAUCCCUCUUAUCCGAGCCCAUCAACAUCUACAUCGACUCGACCGAUCCAAACUUGUGGCUUCCCGAGGACGCGGUCCGCAACUUCGAAUCAGCCUUUGAUCUCACACUCGACGACAGCUCGGGCCUGUACCUGGUGAACGAGUCCCAUCACUCCACCCUGCUCGAAUCCGGCGCGGAGGUGAGCUUUCGGUUGUCGGAUGUCCUCCAAGGCGGGUCGACGACCACGAUCACCCUUCCGUACAAGGCGUUUGAUCUCCAGGCCGAAUAUCCCCUUGUCGACAAUACGAGUUAUUACUUCCCGCUGAAGCAGGCGGUGGAUGAGUCGCAGUACACGCUCGGUCGAGCAUUCCUCCAAGAAGCCUACAUCACAGCUGACUAUGAGCGUCGCGUUUUCAACGUCUCUCAAUGCCAGUGGGCCGAGGGCAAAACCGCAAAUAUCAUCACAAUCACCUCGAAAGACACAGACACAGACGCGGCUGCAGAUGCAGAUUCCAGCUCCAACACUUCCAACUCGGGCUCUGCGUCGGAAUCUUCUCCUACAGAGACCGUGGGCGAAGUGUCCACCUCGUCGCGACAAACAUCCAUGGGCAGCGGAACCGUGGCUGGCAUUGUCGUCGGCUCCUUGGCGGCCGUAGGUCUCGUCAGCGCGGCUUUGUUCCUCCUCCUUCGCCGUCGAAAGCGAGCAUCGUCGUCCGAUGGGGGAUCGUCACCGAGUCGUCCAGAGUCCAGCGCGGUGACUCUUGGUCCUGGCAGUCCAGAAAUGGAUGGUGAGCCAAAGGAGUUUUAUCCCAGAGGAGAGGAACUAGCAGGGGAUACCACUCAGGUCUACCAGUUGCAUUCAGAUCCCAAGGAAACUGUCGCUGUUGCGAUGGAGCCGGAAGAGCCCCAGGUGUACGAGCUGUCCGAUAGGAGAUAUGCUUGAGCUCGUCGCUUCUCUUGGUAUUCGCUUUUCAUUACGAAUUAAGCCUCUUUUGUGAAAGGUAAACAUAGCACACA